AUGUCCUACCUCGACGAGCUCUUCGGCCUCACCGGCAAGACUGCACUCAUCACGGGCGCCACCCGCGGCAUCGGCGCCGACAUGGCUGUCGCCCUCGCCAAGGCAGGCGCAGACAUCAUCCUCGUGCAGCGCAACACCACCAACACGGAUACCAAGGGGCGGAUUGAGGCGGUCGGCCGCAAGGCCGACAUUGUCGUGUGUGAUCUCGCCGACGCAAAGGCUGUUGGCGAGCUUAUUCCGUCUGUCACCCAGACUCGCGUGCUUGACAUUGUGGUCAACUGCGGCGGUAUCCAGCGCCGCCACCCGGUCGAGGUGUUCCCCGACAACGACUGGAACGAGGUGCUGCAGGUUAACCUGAACACUGUGUUCCAGAUCACGCGCGAUGCGGGCCGGCACAUGCUCGAGUCUAGGGGUGGGGUUGCAGGAGCCGAGGGUAAGGAGUGGAAGAGCAAUGGCAAGAUUAUCAACAUCUCGUCGUUGGUUGCGUUCCAGGGCGGUCUUAAUGUCGUUGCGUACGCUGCGGCCAAACACGGUGUCCAGGGUAUUGUCAAGUCGUUCUCGAAUGGCUGGGCGGCCAAGGGCGUCAACGUCAACGCUAUCGCCCCCGGGUACAUUGCGACGGACAUGAACGAGGCCCUCAUUGCGGACAAGGACCGCUCGCGCCAGAUCCUCGAGCGUAUCCCGGCCGGGCGCUGGGGCACACCCAAGGACUUUGAGGGCGCGAUCGUCUACCUCGCCUCGGCCGCGUCCGACUACGUCUCAGGCGAGUGUGUCGUCGUCGACGGCGGGUGGAUGGGCCGGUAG